AUGUCUCCAACCAGAACCCCUGGCUUUAAGCCAAUACCUACCACCAUAACAUCCCCUGCGUUUAUAACUAAAAGUACUGAUUUAAGCUACGAGAUUCUGAUGCGGAAACCUGUGUCAGAGUACGCGUGUUCCUCAGCCCCAGGUUCGGAUCGGACUCGCGUCUACGACCCGCUCACUCGCUCCUGCAGGGAAACCCGGCGGUGUGACAUGAGUCACGUGGAGUGGAACGAGACGUGCCUCAGAGACCCUUUUGAUCGAGCCUACACCACGCCCAUUCUGGGGCCUGAUGGUUUUAUCGCAGUGGAAUUACAGGUGAGGAUCACAGGUUUAAAAAUCAUCACAUCGGGCAAUACAUCAUACCGCGACACUGCCAGUGAAGACUUCCGCUCUGCUUUAUCAUCGUAUUUGUUUGUAGCGCCGAUGGACGUUGCCAACAUAACCGUACAAUUUGACGAAACAAAUUUGACAGAAUUUCCCUUAAUCGGCGGAAAGGAGCUAACCUUCGGUUCAGAUACACUAAUCGAUAUUUCCUUUCUAAAACUGAAAAAUAAUAAAAAUGUCACCAUGGAAAUGUUAAACAUCGUGUCAUUCUUGAAUCGAGUUGAAAAUAAAUUCUUCGGUAGGGGGUUUCUCUCUUCGUUUAGAGUUUAUAGCCAUGCGGUGUCCCUACCUCUAAAGUGUAGCCAGGGCGACUUCGUUAGGGUACCCUACGAUUAUAAUUUAAAAGGAUACCUGCAACAUGUCGAUGCUGACGUUUUUAACCGACAAAUUGUCCUAGAAUUGCUUGAUAAUGAGACAUUAAACUUCAUACUCUGUGACGUAUUUGCAUCCAAGUUCGACGGCUGUGAGAUAGUUUCAUAUAACCGGAGUUCAUUCAGACAAAAUAAUGAUACUGGCGAAUUGACAUAUCUCAAAACUGGGGAACUUAUGUCACUGGAGCACGUCAUCGGUGACGAAAAAGUUUACAUUUGUAUCCGGGAUGGAUUCUUGAUUUUUCUUUACACAUCAAAAGUGCCUCCGUCCCUUACAUUUGCAGGUGUGGCGCUUUCGCUUCUCUUCUUGGUCAUGACUCUAGUCACGCAUCUUGUCCACAAAAGCCUGCGGACUCUGCCGGGCAUGAUGCUGAUGAACCUCUGCGCGAACCUACUCGUGGCACAGUUACUUUUCAUCACAGCUGUCAGUCUUAUCUCCGACAGGUUAUCAUGUCAGAUAAUGGCCAUGGUCAAUCAUUACUUCUGGUUGGCAACAUUUUUCUGGAUGAACGCCAUUGCUAUGAAUUUGACCUUGACCUUUGCCGGAGGAAUGAAAGCAAUGGUGGCGACUACCGACAAUUUGCGCACGAAGAUUCUGAAAUACUCCGCCUAUGCUUACGGUGUACCUGCAGUCGUCGUCAUUACGUGUGGCCUUUUGGACAAACUUGGCAAUGUCCGGAUAGGCUACGGACCUGACCUUAACGAAGAAGGAGCGUGUUGGUUCACAAAGGAACAGGGCCUCAUCUACGCCUUUGUCGUUCCCUUAGCUCUUAUCAUAGCAAUGAACGCUAUACUCUUUAUAGUGGCGAGCGUAUCGAUAGCGAGAACCAAGAAGCUAGGGGCAAAGGCGAAAGGUGUCAGUGGACAAAGGUUAGAGUUCCUUCUCUACUUGAAGCUCUCUCUGUUGAUGGGAUUCACUUGGAUUUUCGGAUUCAUAGGAACAUUCACGGACAAUGUCGUAAUGUGGUACUUGUUCGUCAUCUUAAAUAGUCUACAAGGUGUAUUUAUUGGACUUGCAUUUGGUUUUAACAAACGGAUCUUUGUAAUGUGGCGUGACGUCACAACGACGUCAUCCAGGGCGCCAUCUACCGGGACAACUAACACAACUACGAAUACCCGCCUCUAA